AAGCUCAACGUAUAGUGGAUACUGCAAUACUUCAAGAUGGCGCCUUACUUAUUGCCCGAAUGGUUAGAGGUCGAGAAAGAACUCGGUGGCCAACUCGUCCUCGGCGGGACUAUGGAGAAUUAUCGAGCUGGCGGUGAGGCCAUUGGCAAGUACAUCAGAGCUCAUCUGCCUCCUCGCCCUGAUGAUGAUGGACUCGAUGUUGCGGAUGAGAAAAUUAAUGAUAACGUAAGAGUUCGUAUCUACAGACCGCGGAAAUAUGACGGUGUCUUACCUAUUGGCGUUUUCUGCCACGGAGGCGGCUUCUCUGAUGGCUCGAUCGAUAUGGAAGAUGGCUUGUGCAGAGUCAUAGCAUCAAAGUAUCCAUGCAUAAUCGUCUCAGUUGACUAUCGACUCACGCCUGCAGUUGACAUCAAGGUUGUCUUCCAGGGCGCCUUAAAUGGGUUUUCAUGGGCAUAUGAGAACGCUUCUAAGCUUGGCGGAGACCAGAAUAGGGUUUUCAUGCUAGGAAGCUCGUGUGGGGGUACACUAUCUCUUGCCACGGCUCACAAACUUAUCGAACUUGGGCGAAAGGGACAGCUCAAAGGAGCAAUCAACAUGGCUGGGGGCACGGUUCAUUAUGAUAAUGUGCCAGAGCAGGUCCAACACCUCAUGAAAUCUAUGGAAGAAAACGCCACAGAUACUCCAAUCAUUGACGGACAAACAGCCAGGAUGAUUAACGUAUCGACUGGCCUUAAAAACUAUAUUAAUGACGAGUGGUUAUUCCCUUUGCUCUCGUCACGUCUUGCAGACUUUCCCCCGGUAUAUCUUGUGGCCUGCGGCGCGGAUCCUUUGCGGGAUGAUAAUGUAGCUAUGGAGCAUGAGCUUCGAGCUAACGGUGUCAAGGUCAAGCUCGACAAGUAUGAAGGCCUUCCACAUGCUUUUUGGAUGUUUUCAAAUCUGGACGCUACUAAAAUGUUUCUUGGUAAUCUGCUUGCUGGAAUUAAAUUCAUUCUCGCGUAG